UAAUAAUUGAAGUAGAAUCGAAACCAUGUCUAUGGAAUAUUGGUGAUAGCGAUUACCAUAAUAAACAUUUUAAAGCUUUGGCUUGGACUUCGGUCUGUGAAACGAUGUAUAGUGACUGGAAUGAGCUUUCAGCUACAGAAAAGGAUGAAAGAGGUAAGUUAUCAGUAGGUCAUUUUACAUUUAUAACGCUAUAUAAUUAUACAGUACUGAAAAUAUAUAUCUGUAUUUUAAAAUAUAAUAAAAUUAAAUAUAUAUCACAAAUUGAAUAUUGUAAUAACCUGUACAAUAUCAAAAGCUAAAAAAAAAACUUUUAAAAAAAACAGAAAUAUGUAAAUAAAUACAUUUUAGGUAAUCUCCUAUAGUCUGUCUCAAAGUAGAAGACACCGGGCGGCCGACCGGUUUUCGUUCGGUAUGCGCAUCUGCUCCCCUCCAGUUUGCGCGCCAGGUGAUCUACGCGGUCGUCCACAUACCAAUUAAACAACCGUUAUACAGUAUACACCGUACACAAAAUAUUUUAUUGCUGUCUGCGAUUGACUACGUCUCGCUCUGCACGUCGUUUGCACUAUCACUAUAACCUAAUCGUAUUUUGAUUUGUAUUUUUUGUAUUUUUGCCGUGUAUAGUUUUUUUAAGUAUAUUUACGCCAUGGACAACGAAGUUUCAGAUUUUACAUCACCAGCGAAGAAAAAUAAGAGAGGAAAGUGGGUUUCUUCACAGCAGAAGGAAAUGAUUGUCAACCAUUACAAAAGCAAAGUCCAAGCGAACCCAAAAAUCACAAUACGUGAAGCCCGGACAAUCAUUUCAAAAGAAUUGGGGAUUGGAGAAAAAACCAUAUCCAAUACAUUAAAAGAAUACCGUGAAACUAAAACCGUCAGUUCACCAAAUAAAGAACGGAUCCAUAAAAAUGUGAUUUCGAAGACGGAUGAUUUUGAUAAAUAUGCCAUAAGAAGAAAAAUUCACAAUUUAUGGAUAAAUCGUGAGUUACCCACGCUUGACAAAAUACUUUCGGUCGUCAACGAAGAUGAAAGUCUACCAUCUUUUUCCCGAGCGACAUUACAUCGACUUUUAAAAUCGAUGGAUUUCGUUUACACCAAAAGAGGACGAAACAGUGCGCUUUUAGACUCCAAUGAACUUAUUCUUUGGCGGAGGAGAUAUUUGCGAAAUAUCAAAAAAUAUCGUGAGGAAGGUCGUCCAAUUUACUAUCUGGACGAAACGUGGGUUAAUGCUGGAGACGUCAAUACCAAAGUGUGGGUCGACAAAACUGUCCAAUCUAGUCAACAUGCGUUUUCCCAGGGCCUUUCAACUGGUCCCGUAAAUCCGAGUGGUAAGGGGAAACGAUUAAUAGUCGUUCAUAUUGGCUCUGAAGAUGGAUUCGUUCCUGGAGGAUUAUUGUCGUUCGAGUCGAAAAAGAACACUAGUGACUAUCAUGACGAAAUGAAUGGGCAAAGUUUCCGUGAUUGGUUACUAUGUGUUUUGCCGAAAUUAAAAGAUAACGCGGUAAUCGUUAUGGAUAACGCUCCUUACCAUUCGGUAAAAUUAGAGAAAUGUCCAACAACAAAUUGGAAGAAAGCGAACAUUAUUGAAUGGCUUCAAAGCAAAGGGGAGGUAAUUGAUAGCACUAUGAUUAUACCAGAAUUAUUGGAUAUUGUGAAACAACUAAAACCAUUGUACGACAAAUACGAAAUCGAUGAACUAGUUUCACAACACAAUAAAACAGUGCUACGAUUACCUCCAUACCACUGCGAACUCAAUCCGAUUGAAAUGGCUUGGUCGGUAAUCAAAAACCACGUAAAAUCGAAUAACAAGACUUUCAAGCUUAAAGAUGUCCAAAAGCUCUUGAUUGAAGGCGUAAAUAAAGUCACUGAAGAAAUGUGGAGAAAUUUUAUAAGCCACACUGAAAAUGAAGAGGACAAAUUUUGGAACAUCGAUAUGAUUGUGGACGAGUUAAUGGCUGAACGACAAGAUUUAGUUAUGACGAUCGGCCAGAGCGAUGACGACGACGAUGAUUCAUUUUCUGAUUUGGAUUAAUUGUGUAUAUAGUAACUGUAAAUUUUUUUUUAUUUAUAUUUGACGAAGAUGUUAUUCAGAUUUAUUUUUUUGCAUAACGUAUAAUUUUUAAAGACUGUUUUCUGAUUAAUCAUGUGAAUAUAAAUGUAAAUAAAAUACCAAUUUUUUGUUGCAUAAUUUUAUAUAGACGUAUAUUUAAAAUGAAUUGCACUAAAAAUGUUUUUUUUAUACCUGGUGUUUAAAUAUAAAAAUUAUGGUAAAAAACUAUAAUAAAGUUUCUUAUUCAUUUUUA